AUGCAGAGCUAUCGGAGUGCCCGAGGAAAGGCCGUGAAGGUGGCGCAGGGUCUGCAGGAGAAGCCGGCCGAGGAGCGGCUGAGGGUACCGUGGGCAGGGGGCUCGGGGGGCUGUGCCGGGACACACACACAGGGCUCAUCCCGGGGCUCAUCCCGGCUCCCCGCCGUGUCUCCCUCCAGCGCAGGUCGGAACCUGAAGGAAUGGCUGCGGGAGCAGUUCUGCGACCACCCCCUGGAGCACUGCGAGGACACCCGGCUGCACGACGCCGCCUUCGUGGGGGACCUGCCCACCCUGCGCAGCCUGCUCCAGGACGAGAGCUUCCAGAGCCGGAUCAACGAGAAGUCGGUGUGGUGCUGCGGGUGGCUGCCCUGCACCCCCCUGCGCAUCGCGGCCACCGCCGGCCACGGGCCCUGCGUGGACUUCCUGCUGCAGAAAGGGGCCGAGAUCGACCUGGUGGACGUCAAGGGACAGACAGCCCUCUACGUGGCCGUGGUCAACGGGCACCUGGAGUGCGCCAAGAUCCUGCUGGAGGCCGGGGCUGAUCCCAACGGGAGCCGCCACCACCGCAGCACUCCCGUGUACCACGCGGCGAGAGUGGGGCGGGCGGACAUCCUGCAGGAGCUCAUCAGGUACGGCGCGGACGUGGACGUGAACCACCACCCUCCCGCCCGCGGACUCUCGUCGCGGCCCCUCACCACGCUGGUGGUGUGCCCCCUGUACAUCAGCGCCGCCUACCACAACCUGCGGUGCUUCCAGCUGCUGCUCCGCGCCGGGGCCGACCCCGACUUCAACUGCUGCGGGCCCGUCAACCUGCAGGGCUUCUCCAGGGGCUCGCCCGUGUGCGUGAUGGACGCCGUGCUGCGCCACGGCUGCGACGCCGCCUUCGUCCGCCUGCUCGUCGACUUCGGGGCAGACCUCAGCCUGGUCAAGCUGGACGCCUUGGCCCUGGAGUCCACGGCGAGGGUCAAAGUCAACCCCGAGGCGCUGGAGGUGUUCAGGGAAGCCAGGGGCCGUCCCCGCAGCCUCCUGUCCCUGUGCCGCAUCGCCAUCCGGAGAACCCUCGGCAAAUCCCGCCUGGAGCUCAUCCACAUCCUGCCCGUGCCAGACCCCAUUAAACAGUUUCUACUCCACGAACACACCUAAAGGACGGCCGGCUGCUUCCCUGGACGCUUUGGUUUGGUCGGUUUGCCGAGGCCGGGUGCCGAUCCCGACCCUUUCCCCACGGAGUGCGCGUCAUUCCCCGCUCCUGGGAUGUUUUCCUGCCCUUCUGGAUUUCAGGGGCGGUGUUUCUGUGUGUCCCUCGCAUCUCCCCAGGGGGAUUUGCUGGGAAUGAGGCUGAGCGAGGUGUGUGGGUGUUGCUGAGUAAAUACAAUAUAUCCCGGAGCCGCUGGCACAAGUGUAACUCUGUCACUCCUCUGUUCCACGCUCCUGGCUCUCCCUGCUGGAGCCUUUCCUCUCCCUGCUGGAUACUGGAAGUCUCUCUCUGGUACCGGCACUUGGCCUUUCCCUCCUGUGGGAAGUUUGUGAGUAAAAUUGGGGGUAUUUCCCUCUGUCCUCUUCUGGUGGCACAGACAACCAGCAGUUGCCACCUCCCUUUGACUCCAGAUCCCAUCCCUCCCACAUCCACUUUCCAGCUCUGGGAAAGGGAGAAGAAAGGGCUUUUGGGCUUGAGGUGGGAGACUCCCACUGGGAGAUUCUGUGCCUGCACUCCUUUGAUUCCCAGUGCCUCUUCAUGCCAUGGGCUCCCAGGAAAGUGUCUUCUCCAGGGAGCCAACAGCCUUUCCUCAGGAUCUCAGGGUCAGCUCCUUAAAGGCUCAGGGUCAGUGUAGAGGAAUCCCUGUCAAAAUCCCAGCAUCAGGAGGGCAGAGAUGGUGGUCCCUCGGGAUCUUGGGAAAAAGCUCAGGUGAUAAUUGGUACUUGCUUUUACUUCACUGCUUCAGGUCCUUUCUGGUCCCUGUGGUAGGAGUUGAUGUUUUGGACAGUUUUGCUCUGCCAGAUGUUCUUCCCAUGCUCAUCCAGUGGGCAAAGGGGGUUUUUCCAGAUGGGGCUUUAAAGAUCAUCAAAUCCCAGACUGGUUUGGGUUGGAAGGAACCUUUAAAAGCUCAUCUCAUUCCAACCCCCUGCCACGGGCAGGGACACCUUCCACUAGCCCAGGUCGCUCCAAUCCCUGUGGAUUUACCCCACAGGCCUUGACAAAUGUUCUUUACCCAGAGCCACGGAUAAAUGGAGGGCAGGAAAAAUCCAAUCCCUGAUUAUUCCCUGUUACUUCAGUUCCAUGGCCUGGAAUAUCCAGCUGGCCCCUUCCCUCCUGUUUUUAGCUUGAGGUGGCAAAAGCAGAGGACGUUCCUGAGCCCUGGCUGGGUGGGAUGGGGUGGAUGUGGAGCUGUGAGCAGGUGAGGAGGCAGCAGCUUUUCCCUGUUCCCGCUCCAGGCGAGCAGCUGGUUUCGGUUUUCCCGGUGCCUGCGAGUCGUGUGCUGGCUUUAUGGAGGUGUUAACAUGCCUGGGAGAUGCAAACAGGUUGUAAAAGCCUCUUGGCACCUUGCUGGGGGAUCCCUAAUGUUUUGCAGGAGC